AUAGUUUCAGCUCACACUGCAGGCACAAAAAACCUCUCCCAAACCAAGCCCUCCUGCUGGUGAUGCUGUGCGCAACUGCGUGACCAAGUCCAGUAUAAUUAGAACAUCACCGCACCACUCAGGUCCAAGUCAAAUGUUCGUCGUCAAUGUCUGUUUUGGAGCUUAGAGACAGAAUUCCAGUGAGCCAUGGAGAAGGUUGGCUUUGUGUUAAUUUGCUUAUAUGUUCUGGUGUGCUUAGGCACUUGUCAGCAUCCUUUACGCGCACGUGUUGGUCCGUGGAGACACCGGAUCCAGUGGGAGAAUAACGGUCAGGUUUACAGUUUACUGAGCACUGGGACUCAGUUCCGUUUACCUUCGCAAAACAGGAGACGAACCCAACUAUUGCUGACAACAAAAAACAAUUUUAACCAAGUUAACCAGCCUGUUGCGCUUAGUAGACCCACCAGAAACAGAUCAGUUAACAUGGAAGGCGCAUUCGGUGACCAUUCUGAACAAAACGACCACAAUCAAAUGGAUACGUCGGUUCUGGGUGCUGAUGCAGGUCAGUACCUGCUCGCUUCGUUGCGGACAGGUGCGCACAAUCAGUCCCCACCACGUCUGGAACACUUAAGAACUGUGGACCACAGUGCAUAUCAGGUACCGUCAAAUGCCACUGUCAUUCAAGAGUUCUCCGGCAGCGGAGUCCUUCGAGGAGGCAGAAGUACACCUGGAGAUGACGCUGGCGCACAACAGCACAGUGCAUCAGCAGUAAGAACACAAGAAUUAACGCACAACCGUCUGGACACGUUGCAUACCGAGAGCCCAGAUUCACCUGCCACAUCUGUAUGGGUCACUUUGACUGAGGACGGUGGGAACGCGCGUCGACUGCCUCAGCAGACCAUCUCAGGAAGCCGUCAGGGCGCGCAAAGAGUGCGCUCACUGACCAGAGUCUACCCAGAGGUCAACGAUUCACCCACAGUGCAGUCCAGCAACACCGUGGACAUACAAUUUCCUCGUAGAAGUCCGGAUACAACAGAUGUCGGUGACCCACGAGAUCCGCACAGCAUUCAUCACAGGAACUCCGUUUUCUAUAAUGUUUACCCACCUGACCGCAGGAAUAGACAGACAGCGCGGGAUCCCUCCGGAACAGGCUACGGUACCAGGUUCUUCCACAACGGUCUGCCAGACCUGAUACCUGACCCAUACUACAUCCAAGCAGCUUCAUACAUCCAGAGAGUGCAGAUGUAUGCGCUUCGCUGUGCUGCUGAGGAGAACUGCCUCUCCAGGUCUGCAUAUCAUCCGAGUGUGAGGGAUCUCGAUUACAGAGUUCUGCUGCGGUUUCCACAGCGAGUGAAGAAUCAAGGAACUGCAGACUUCCUCCCAAUGAAACCCAGACAUGAGUGGGAAUGGCAUAGCUGUCACCAGCAUUACCACAGUAUGGAGGCCUUUAGUAACUAUGAUUUGCUGGAUGUCUCAACUGGACAAAAGGUUGCUGAGGGACACAAAGCCAGUUUCUGUCUGGAAGACACAUCAUGUGACCCAGGAGUACGGCGGCGCUUUGCAUGCACUGCUCACACUCAAGGGCUUGGUCCCGGUUGCUAUGAUACCUAUCACGCCAACAUUGACUGCCAGUGGAUCGACAUCACUGAUGUACCACCUGGAAACUACAUUCUAAAGGUAACAGUGAACCCCUCUCAGCUGGUCCAGGAGUCUGAUUUCUCCAACAAUGAGGUGAGAUGUGACAUCAGGUACACUGGAAGCUAUGUCCAAGCAAGAAACUGCAGGAUUGUUGUGAGCUGACCUGCUAGAGACAGAAGGUUUCAUAUAAAAAUGUAAACUAAAUAGCCUCUUGUUGCUCGUAAUGUACAGCUGCUACUCUGUAACUCAGACUAAUGUUUUAUUUAUGUCAUGCGAUUUGUUGUGGCUAUAGCCAGCCUGUAAAAGUAAAAUUGUAUUAUUUAUAACAACAUUAAUCUUUAAUCGAUUUUUAAGCAAUGCAGUCCUAUCAGUUGUGUUUGUACAAAAAUGAGUAUUAGAGACUUAAAAUUCUAAAUGAGGGCGUUUAAAUCCCCUCAGUCAGUCUGUAUGACCGAGAUGGUGCUUCUUCUUUUUUGCCAUGGCAGUGUAGAUGCCCUGAAGUUCAAUAUAGUAUAUAAAAACUAAUUGUCCAAGGUGUGUAUUUCCAGUAGUGUGACUGUG